GGACAUUGGAGGAAGGAGCUCUCAGAGAAGCAUGGCGGCCACAAGCCUCUCAUCCCAACACCCUUUUCUCUUCUUCGUCUCCCUUUCUUACCUGGUCAGCCAACCAGCGCUCACCCAGGACUCUUCCUUCUCCUUGGCAACCGUCACGGAGAACGACCCCUAUCUCACCCCCACCAAAGUGGUCAACCAGACAUCUCCAAGAUAUCAGGACGUAACCCAGGGGACUCCUCCAGAGACGGGGCUUUCCACACCCACCAGUGGUGGAGACGGUGAUGAUGAGGAUGACCCACCAGUUGGAGGAACCCGAUGCCAGGGUUAUUAUGAUGUAAUGGGCCAGUGGGACCCGCCAUUCAACUGCAACGCGGGGGUCUUUCUGUACUGCUGCGGUACUUGCUUUUAUCGCUUUUGCUGCCAGUUCCGUCAGCAGAGGCUGGACCAGACCAUCUGCUCCAACUACGACUCGCCCAUCUGGGCCAACACCGGGAAGCCAGUGGCGACCAUCACAGAGGGCCAGGGGGAUUCGGACCGGGAUGGUACACACCUCAUUGUUUACAUCAUAUGUGGUGUUGUCGCAGUCAUGGUGUUGGUGGGCAUCUUCACCAAACUGGCUCUAGAGAAGACCCGUGGGGGAAGUGGGGGAGGAGCAGGGGUACCGCAGACUGACAUCAACUCCAGGACGCUGACAGACCUGUUGAAGCAGCAGGGAAGUGAGGCAACUUCGGUAGAAAACGCCACGGUCGGUUCACCCAGCAGAGACAGGGCCAAUGGCGUCUUGACCAGGAUCCCGCGCAGCAGGAGUGAACAGUACCAACUGAAUAAUGCAGCCUACGGCGCAGCCGGACAAGGGCUUCCUCAGCCGCAUAGUAACCACAGCACGCUGGGACUGAACAAAUACACCUCCCUCAAAGCUGUGGCAGAAACCGCUUCCCGUAGCUAUUAUAAGAGCUUUCCUGUGAUGGACUUCUCCAAUUACCAACCCGUAGCACCUCCUGCCUUCCAGUCCUCACAGCCGAAAGAGAAGUCAUACAUCCACCAGCCGCUGCCAGCGCACCAUGAUAUCCACACCCCUUUGUCUAUCUCCAUCCCAUCCAACCACUUUGAGCACUCGCGCCUCCCUAAGACUACCACACACCCGUUUAUCUCCAAUUCUGCCUUCAAAGCCUGGGAACCAGCUGGCCGCCAUGUCCACAGGCAGACCUCUGCUCCAGCGCACACCUCUUCGUCUCUGAACAGCUCCACUCGGAGACACGGCUACUCGACACGGAGGCAGCAGAGCAUAGAGAACAUGCAGGAUGUCUUUAAUCAUCCCUAUGGAGGUAUGUAUGGAGGAGCUGGAGGUGGAGGAGGGCAGGGUCACCAUGUGCAGGUGCAGCACACUUCUCAGCCCUCAUACCACCACCACCACAGCAGGCAGAAGAGCUACUCCACCCACAGCGCCACUGAGGUGACUGUCUGAGUGUUUCAGUAAGAGCAACCUACCUGAAUAUUAACCAAAAGAAAAACGUUGGAUUGAGCCAUUACGAUCUGUCCAGCAUGUAAAGGGUAAUGCAAGAAGACAACUCCGAUUUUUAACAUGAAGAAAAGCCAAGGAAAGAGACUCCUUAUUGCACAUGAAGGACUCAAUACAUGACGGAGUUGAAAACUCCCAGACUUAUGGCAAUUGCAGUUCUGCCGUGUCCCCUGUAGCUAUUAUGGUUCUUUAAACCACAUGGAAAUCUGGUCUGGAGGACAAAACAAAUAUGUCUUUAUCUAGAUUUUAAAGGCCAGAGCUUAGUUUUCUCCAAAGAACAUUUUGGUUUUGAUUUUGGUGUUGAAGGAACAAAUUAUGUUAUUAGAAAGUAGAGGUGUUACUAGUCAAACAGGAUAUAAGACUAACAUCAGACUAAUCACAGUGAGAUAAGCGCCUUUAAAGGAAAAGUCAGGUCAUAUUCAGUUUUCAAACUUCUGGUAGAACUUUAAAUAUG